UCUUCUUUGUAUUGUUUGUUUUCGGCGCAACGCGAAAAUGGCGUGCUUUUUCCAUGUUUGACGUUUGUGGAUCGCGUAGACCCGAGGAAACUAACGCGAAAGAAAUUGAAUCGUAGAAACCUAGACAUCGAUGCAUGGCUAAAGAAUUUGUACCUUUUCUCAUUAUGGUCCAGUGGAGGGAGGCUGGCCAAUCAACACGUGGCUACAGUUGACUGACAAGUGAAGGGAGCCUGCUCUCUUGGCAGAAUACCAGAUCACGGGGUUCAUCAUGGAGUACCAAGAUGAAGAACCAGGAGCAGAUGUCAAGUUGCUCAUGGCUGAAAUGAAGAACCAGAACUUUGAUGUGAUCCGGUUUGCCUCCUAUCGAACGGCCUGCAAGCUUCGCUUCAUUCAGAAGCGGUGCCAAUUGCAUUUAGUUGACCUGUGGAACCUUAUCGAGGCCUUCCGUGAGAAUGCAUUCAAUGCCAUGGAUGCCCAAGCACCUCUUGGGGUGACGCGGGUGCGUGCCCUGCUGAACUCCCUGUACUACCAGCUCAACAAGCGCCUUCCCCCCAGCCAGCAGCUGGAUCUGCCCCACUGCGUCAGCCUGCUGCUCAACUGGCUGCUUGCCAGCUAUGACCCGGAGCAGCAGGGCUGCCUGCGAGUGCUCUCUCUCAAGGUGGCCCUGGCCAUCCUGUGUGCGGGCAAGCUGCUGGACAAGCUGCGCUACCUCUUCUCGCUGCUGGCUGAUGGCAGUGGACAACUACCUGUGUCCCGUUUUGGGCAGCUCUUGGAAGAGGCCCUUGUGCUGCCUGCCUCCGUGCUUGAGUCACCUAGCUUCCACUAUAGCGAGUCACUGCCAACCAGCAUUUUUCACCAGUCUCGAGUGACGCUCAACGAGUUCCUGUCCGUGUUGACCAGCGAUGGAGGUCCAGAGUGCCUCAUUUGGAUGCCCCUUCUCCAUCGCAUGGCCAACGUGGAGAAUGUGCUGCAUCCGGUGCAGUGUGAUGGCUGCAACCGGGACUCCUUCUUGGGCUUCCGGUACAAAUGCCAACGCUGCUACAACUAUCAGCUUUGCCAGGACUGCUUCUGGCGAGGCCGCACCUCAGGUUCGCACACCAACCAGCACGAGAUGAAGGAGUAUGCCAUCUACAAAUCGGCCAGCAAGCAGCUUGGUCAUUCCCUGCGCAAGUCAUUCCGGUGUGUCCCCGAAAGACCCAGCCGGCCACUACCGCAUUUCCCGGAGGAGGAGCACACACUGGAUUUGGCACACAUUGUGCCUCCAUCUCCAGCAGCCAGCCACAAUGGCCUCCCGUCCUUGAUCGGUCCAUCCAUGGACAGCGGGCAAGAUGAAGAGCACCGACUGAUCGCUCGAUAUGCAGCACGCCUUGCACAAAGACCUACGGGCUCAACUGACACAGCACGGCAGAGGGAGCUGUUAGCACAGUUGGAGGCCAAGAACAGGGAAAUGAUGGGUCAGAUAGUGCGGCUGCGGCAGCAACAGGAGCGAGAAGAGUCGAUGCGUGCUGGCAGCCCCGCGCUGGUUGGGGAGCUACAAGCACUGCGCCAGCGAAAGGCUCACCUCGAGGCGCACCUGGCACAGCUGCAGGACAGCCGCAGGGACCUCAUGCUCCAGCUGGAGGCCCUCAUGAAGAUGCUCAAGAACCAUCAGCGGAGUCCCCGGUCAACGCCUGGCAGCUCUCCUCGGUCCACUGCAUCACCACCGGAGCGUCCAGCUAUUGUGGCCGCACACUUGCAGACCCCAGACAGUCUGGUGGGGUUGGGUGCAGAUGUGCAGAUGGCCUUUGGCCGAACACCUGAGGGCCGGCAACUGCGUGAUCACUUGCUCGUGGCUGCGGAUUCGGUCACCCAUGCCAUGUCGUCCCUUGUGCGCGAGCUACAUUCAGGUGUGGGUUCUGAAGACGAGGCCUCUCAGCCUGGACCUGAUGGUGAUGGAAACCAACACAAUGGUUGCCCAGAUGCAAGCCCACAGUUGCCAUGCCUGCAGGAGCUGUCGCCCAGCUGCCUCCAGCCAGGAACCACCGAUGAUGACAGCUACGUCCGCACUGAAGAUGAGGAGGAGGCGGCCAACACCGACUGGGAGGAGACUGUGCACCGAUGGGUCAACCGCUAGUUAGCCAAAAAAAUAAACAGCUAGCUGCUUGGCUGUCCACUGA